AUGUCUAGUGCAGACGUCUACGUGCGCCGCGGGCACCCCGUCCUCUUCGGCCUAAUCAUCUUCUUCGGCAUCGUCGAGCUCGCGCUCUCCGCGUGGCUCACCAGCCGCUACAACGCGCACCACAACUACCCCUCGGGCGCGGUGCGCGAUCGCUCGCGCUUCCUCCUCUUCGCCUCCAUCUGGACCGUCGUCAUCUCCCCCGCGUACAUGGGUCUCUUCCUCGCCUCGUCCGCCGGAUCCAUCUUCACCAGCAUCGCGAGCCACUUUAUUUUCUUGCUCCUUUCGUGGGUGUUCUGGCUCGCGGGAGCCGCGUCCCUCACGGCAGCCUUGGGCGGGGGGCUCUCUUGCCACCUCGACGCCACUUCGUAUUGCGGCCAGCUCAACGCCGAGGAAGGCUUCGCCUGGAUCCAAUUCAUCAUGUUCACCCUUGCCCUCAUCUUCGUGCUCGCGCGUGGCAUCUCUGUCUCACGCGCCGGCGACGGCCUGCGCGGCCAGCUCGUCAGUACCGCCUAGGUUUAGGUUUGCGUCUGGGUCUGGAUUUCUAGCAUGGGAUUGGUGGAUCGUGGUCUGCUCGUAAUGGGCUCGUGUAUUGUGGCGGCUUGAUGACUUUAAUGGUUCUUUCUUGACGACUCUUACGAACGGAGUGUAAUUUUUUACCACUUCGUGACGAGUGCGGUUAUGCCUUUUGGAUGUACUUCUUGGUCAUGUAUUAUUGUACGCUAUAAUUCGGAGGUUCCACUCAUCAUUCACUUCGCGUACUGGGGAUUGCAAGUAUUACAAUCUAGGCCUUGGGCCUAUCCAGCAUAGAGUUUAUGACCGA